UCUUGCUGUUGGAACAAACCAGAAAAAUUCUGUUGGUUUAUGAUUGGCAGCACUGCGGCAUUAACAUCUAAGCGACAAAGACCUUUUGCAGUCAUUUCUGUCCACCUGUCCAAAGAAUGAUGGACUUUUUAAGAAUUGUAUGCCUGUUUUGAAGAAGAAGAAGAAGAAUAUAAAUGUUUUGAGGUUAUGUACCCUAAACAGGUGAUUUUUAUUUUCAGUGGUAAACACAUUUAAUUAGCAUAAUGAAGGGUAUUGUUGCUGCUUUAAUGGAAUCUGAGGAUCCUUUCAAAUUACAAAAAUUGUGCAAAAUUUGCCUUUUAAGUGACAGCGAAUUUCAUUUAUUUAAAAUAAAAUGCGAAGGAAAAAUACUGGUUAAUAUCUUUGAAUCGUGUUUAAACUUGGAUGUGGAGAGAAACGUCGAUCAUGCCCCAUACUCGAUUUGCAGUGCAUGUUUACCCGAAUUAAUUAAGUUUUAUAAAUUCAAAAAACAAUGCUUGCAAAGCGAUGCUAUUAUAAAAGAUGUAUUAUUUCAAAUAAAUAAAAAUACCAUAGCAGUAGAAGAAAACGAAGAAUUAACAUUAAUGGAAUCUGACCUCAUAAAUGAGGUUAUAGAAGAUUCUCUAUGUAUUAAAGAGGAAGUACCUAUAACUGAGGAUGAAGAAUUUGUAAAUAAUAAAAUUGAAUUUAUAAAGAGUGAAGAUGAAAUAGAUGUAAAUAGUGAUAAGGAUUUCAACGAUGAUAACAUUGAAUAUAAUGAAAUAAAGUUUGAACAUUGCUAUGCAGCCAAAUCUUCAGAUCUUUCUUUUAGAACAAAUGAGACAACUAAAUCUAAAAAGUUCACUUGUGAGAAAUGCCAAGAAGCAUUUAAUCUUGAAAGUUCUCUAAAAAUACAUAUGAAAUUAAGCCAUAAAAAUGAUUUAGCUCAUAGCAAUGAAAACAGUCUAGCCAAUAAACAACACACUUGUAGAUAUUGUAAGCAAGAAUUCACCUCAAGACUUUUAUUGAAUAGGCAUUUUAAAAAAACGCAUAAGUCGAGAAGAUUAAAAAGACCAGAGAGAAAAAAAGUAAUAGAGAGAAAAAAAGUAAUAUAUAAACCUACUAGAUGUAUGUACUGUGGAAUUAUUUUUCUAAAGUUCUAUAGGCAUAAAUGUGUAUACACUACAAGACAUUUAUUUGAAUGUACUUUUUGCGAAAAAGCUUUUUGUCACCAAAGUUAUCUAAAAACACACUUAAAAGUGCACAAUAAACAAAAAUUGUUUAAUUGCAUCCUCUGUGACAUGGUAUUUAAAGUUAGUUAUGACUUCAGGAUGCAUAUGCAGGAACAUCCAGGAUACAAACCAUUUGAAUGUGAUCAAUGUGAUAAAGGUUUUUUUCUUAAGGGGCGUUUAGAUAAGCACUAUCUUGAACAUACUGGAGGUGUUCUAAAAUGUGAUAUCUGUGGUGGAGAAUCUAUCAAUCAAAAAUGUAGACAACUUGCGGAAUAUAAUAUGUAAUAACACAUUUUGAAAACCUGUAAAAAAUUGGGUUAUUUUUAUCAUACAUUCCAAUAACAAUUGAAUAAAACCUAUAAAAAUUAUGUGCAAAACACUUACCACAAUUAAAAUUAUAAAUGUGGAUCCUACUAAGCAAAGUUUUUACCUUUACACCAUAAUAUAAGUAUUAUAAUAUUUAAGGAUAGCAUAUAAAGUAAAUAAAAAGCUGUUUUAUAUCAAAAAAAUAUUUAUUUUCCUAUUUAAAUAAAUACAACAAGUCAGUCUUAAAUCCUAAAACUAAACAUAAAUAAAUACUGAUAAAUUAAGAACUAUUAUUUUAAUCGACUUCCUCGAUCGUCGGUCCAGCUUGUCUGCCUCCGAAGCCGCCAGCCUGUUGACCGCAGCUCCCGGGCAUUCCGCCUCCAGCGGCGUUUUGUUGGGCGCCGCCGUACAAUUUGGCCAUAAUCGGACUGCACGCAGACGUCAUCUGCUUCUGUUUGUCCUCGUAUUCUUCCUUUUCGGCCAACGUGUUGCUGUCCAGCCAUCGCAAACAAUCUUCGCAUUCUUUCUCCACCUUCGACUUGUCAUCGGCGGAUAAUUUGUCGCCGCAUUCGUUCACUGCCUGCUUCAAUUGGAAUACGUACGCUUCUAGCUGGUUGCGGGCAGCUACUUUUUGUCUCUGCUUCUCGUCCUCUUCCUUGUAUUGCUCGGCUUCGGAUACCAUUCGGUCGAUGUCUUUUUGCGAUAGGCGACCCCUGUCGUUUUUGAUGGUAAUGUUGCGAGAAUUGCCAGAACUGGUAUCUUUCGCCGAGACGGUCAAUAUUCCGUUGGCAUCCAAAUCGAAGGUAACUUCAAUUUUCGGAACUCCUCUCGGUGCAGGUGGUAUUCCAGUUAAAUCGAAUGUUCCCAAUAAGUUGUUGUCUUUGGUCAUGGCUCUUUCCCCUUCGAAUACUUGAAUUGUGACGGCUGGCUGAUUAUCAGCGUAUGUGGUAAAUGUUUGCGUCUGCUUGCAUGGAAUUCUGGCAUUUCGUUCGAUCAACUUUGCCAUAACUCCACCUGCUGUUUCGAUUCCCAUCGAAAGUGGUGUUACAUCGACCAAUAAAACGUCUUGAAUUUUUGAAUCUGUUUCGCCGUUCAGUACCGCAGCUUGAACGGCAGCACCAUAAGCCACUGCUUCAUCUGGGUUGAUGGACAAAUUCAAGGGUUUUCCGCAGAAAUAAUUUUGGAGCAGUUGUUGAAUUUUGGGAAUUCUUGUUGAGCCUCCAACCAAAACGACAUCGUGGAUUGCUCCCUUGUCCAUUUUGGCGUCUGCAAGAGCUUUUUCAACGGGUUGUAGAGUUCCUCGGAAUAAAUCUGAGCAUAGUUCUUCGAAUCUUGCUCUCGUAACUUUAGUGUAGUAAUCAACACCUUCGAAGAGUGCAUCAAUUUCAAUGGAGGCUUCUGUACUUGAUGACAAGGUUCUCUUUGCUCUUUCUGCAGCCGUCCUCAAUCUUCGAAGAGACCUUGGGUUACUUCGUAAAUCUUUUUUAAAUUUUCUUUUAAAUUCGUCUGCCAAAUGGGUGACGAGUCGGUUAUCAAAGUCUUCUCCUCCAAGAUGUGUGUCUCCGGCAGUGGCCCUUACUUCAAACAGCGAUCCCUCAUCGAUGGUAAGAAUUGAGACAUCGAAAGUACCACCACCCAGAUCGAAAAUCAAAACGUUCUUUUCUCCUUUGAGAUUCUUGUCCAAUCCGUAUGCUAAAGCGGCUGCUGUGGGCUCAUUAAUAAUUCUCAUCACGUUUAAUCCGGCGAUGUGACCAGCAUCCUUUGUUGCUUGUCUUUGUGAAUCGUUGAAGUAAGCUGGAACUGUAAUAACGGCAUCUUUGAUUGUCGAUCCCAAAUAAGCUUCUGCCGUUUCCUUCAUUUUAGUCAAAACCAUCGAGCUUAUUUCUUCAGGAGCAAAGGUUUUGAUUUCUCCUUUGAAUUCAACUUGGAUUUUUGGCUUUCCACAGUCGCUUACCACUUUGAAUGGCCAGUGUUUGAUGUCUUGCUGAAUUUUGGGGUCGUCAUAUUUCCUACCGAUAAGUCGUUUGGCAUCGAAUACAGUGUUGUUUGGAUUCAUCGCGACCUGGUUCUUGGCUGCGUCGCCCAGAAGACGCUCGGUGUCCGUGAACGCCACGUAACUAGGGGUUGUUCUGUUUCCUUGGUCGUUGGCGAUGAUUUCCGCCUUUCCAUGUUGCCACACUCCGACGCAAGAGUACGUGGUUCCCAAGUCAAUACCAAUUGCUGGAGCUUUCACCAUUUUCUUUUUUUAGUUAAUUUAUACUUUGAACGUUAAACUUUUAUUUAAUAUCACUGUUUAAUAGCUUUGAAAUACUUGGUAGGUAAAGUUGCAGUUCACUAUGUUUUGUUGUUUACUGUUCGCUUGAUUCAAAUAGACUGCCUAGCCGCGCGCUCGGUUCGCUUUUAUAUGAACGGUCGAAUCUG